GGGUCGGAGGGAUGGCUGGCUAUCGGAGUCGGAGCGGGGGAUGCUCUCGAGAAAGAGGAAAUAUUUCGAUGAGCGUCGACUUUCUCGGAAGUUUUCACAUUGAAGAAUUUCAAGCUGGUUUCACAAGUAUUGAAAUAAGAAGGAAACGACUCGUCAAAUAGUGUACUGUUUACAGGGGUGAGCCUCGUGCUGUUAAAAGUGAAUGCGGGAGACUUAAGUUGUUUGUUUUUUUCGUCGGUGUUUACAGCGCUCACCUUCUGGAGCAGAGGUUGGGGUUUUUGUAGCCACAAUAAUUGGAUUAUAACUCGUCGUCUAAACCCUCAGUUCUGAGGGAUCGAAGCUCGGAUUAACAACCCUUGAACAUACCUUUUUGAAAUAUGUCAUGCUAUUGUUUGACAAAAUACGUUUGUCAAAAUAUACACAUUGGCAACAAGUGGAUUAAAGUUCGAAGGAUAACAAAAAUAUUAAUGACCAGUUCAACAAAAGGAUACAAUUGAAAAUGAAUGAAUAUAACUAGUGCUUAAAUCGUUACAGGAUUCUAAAGUUCAACGACUGAAUUCAAACACAUGUGGGAUGGGAUUUCAACGCUGAUGAUAUUAUCACAUGGACAAGGAAUUGGAGCUUUCUUCGGGUCGUCUUAUUGCUUAUUUAAUACGCGGCAGACAGAACGAUAAACGAGUUUCAAGAGAUAAAGCUUCCCUAUAUCUCUCUCGGUUUCCUGCACGUGCAAUCGCAGGCACCGUCCCCAGAACACCCCAAUCACAGCUGCAGAGAGAACGAUCUACGCCAUACCAUUCAUUAACCCUGAUGCCCCCAAAACAAAGGCCACUGUUGCUAAUUAGGUAGAGGGACGGGAACCCGAGUUCCGUCCUAUAGCUCCAGUGCCAGGACCCGAACGUGUUCUCAGUCAACAUUAAUGAAAACAAGCAUAUAAUGCGAAAAGAAAACUGAGUAAGGAAUGCACGACAACUGCCAGCUUCGUAACGGUGUAUGGUGAUAUUCCAAUGAAGACACUAUGAACUGGCAAAGGUAUAACUACAAGGUGCGACUGAGGGACGAUAGCUCCUGGAAGAGGCAGCACGCUCCGUGUUCCCGCCCGACUCCACCAGUGCUCAAGUCAAAGGGUGAUGUAAAUGAUGAAGAAAUCUAUGAUGAUGGGACGUCAAUCACAAAUAUCAAAGUAUUGGGAGUGAAAGACAAGAUAGCCAUGUUUGGUCCUAAACCAACCGUGGGUAGUAAACCCAUGUCGCCAGCGCUUGCCAAAUUUCAUGCCAUGCGAGAGGAGUCUGGUCAAGGAGGCAGCAAUGGGGGGACUCCUUCCUGGAAGAAACCUGCCCCACCAAAAUCCCCUGAACCUUCACCUGCCAACAAGGCACCCCCGGCAUGGAAGAAACCAACGCCAACUUCUGUGGCGGAUAAGAGUGAACCUAGCAAGACUGUGACAACUCCUUCAUGGAAGAAACCAACGCCAACUUCUGUUGACAAGGAUAAGAAUGAACCAAGCAAGCCUGUGACAACUCCUUCAUGGAAAAAACCAACACCGACAUCUUCGGACAAGGAUAAGAGUGAACCAAGCAAGACUGUGACAACUCCUUCAUGGAAGAAACCAACACCAACAUCCGACAAGGCUGAUGAAAACAAGACAGCCCCUCACACAACCACUCCUUCUUGGAAAAGACCUCCAUCUGGACCGGAGAAGACAACACCAGCUUGGAAGAAACCGACCCCAACAACGGGCAAAGACUCUCAACCAGAAACCGACCAAAACCAAAAUGUCACCAAUGUUCCUGCAUGGAAAAGACAAAGCAACAAAGUUAACAUUCCGGGUAAAUUUGGAGGUACGAGUCCUUCACCUGAGGUGACCAUUGAGGAGAAGCCCGUCAAUGGGACUGCUACAAAACCUACAUCACCAUCCUCACCCACAACCAAAUCAUCAGAGUCUGAUUCGGGGCAGAAGUUCGAUCCAAAGGCGUUAUUACGCCGUACAAGUACGGGGGAUACGACUCCCAAACAAAUCACUUUCAAUCAUCCACGUCAACGAUCACCAGAUGUAACGUCUCCAUUCUCUCCUGGAAAUACACCAAAGAGCCCCUCUUCCAACAUUCCUAAGCAUGUAACACAGUCAAAGACUAUUGUGAUACGGAAUGGCGAUGGUAAAAAGUAUGAAAAGUUGCCAAAGUCAUCAAUAAUUACCACUGACCUCAAACCAAUCAAACCACUCAAGCUACUUGGCUCAAAUGUGAAGGAUAUUAUAGCAGAAUACAUAAAAGCUUUCGACGAAUAUAAAAAUGCCAAUGAGGAGUUGUAUGAUGAUGUUGGCAACUACAUCCAGGCACCCGAAGAGCAAGAAGUAUAUGAUGAUGUGGCCAACACCAUUGAACAUCGAUCCAGUAACAGGAAAUCUAAAAGGCCUGUGUCUGAGAUUGCCGCGAUGACGGAGGAGGAGGAGAUGAGAGAGUUUGGAUCAGCUGGGUCAGCCUCAGCAUCUGGAGGGUCAGCCUCAAUCUCGGGGGGAUCUAUGGCAGCACCAGUCACAGAGGAGAUAUACGAUGACGCAGAGCAAGAUGAGCUGUACGAGCCACUCCCAGAAGAUGAAGAAAUUCAAAAACCUGAGGUGGUGAUUCCAACAAAGAAAAUUCAAAAACCUGAGGUGGUGAUUCCCAAAAAGAAGUUGGAGAUCAGCGCUCAAGAAGACAAGAAGGAACUAGAGAGGAAAGCUAAGGAAGCUGCAGAAAAGAAAAAGAAAGAAGACAAAGAAAGAAAAGAGAGGGAAAAGAAAGAGAAGGCAGAACAAGCAAAACUUGAGAAAGAGCGAAAGGAAAAGGAGAAGAAGGAGAAGGAAUUGAGGAAGAAGUUCAAGCUGACUGGAGAUGAAAAGAAAUCCGCUGAGGGAGUAGUGAGAUCAAAGGCUAAGGGCGGGAAGACCGAGCUGGCAGUGGAGACCGGUGAGAUUCUGGAUAUCAUCCGGAUGACCGAAAACCCAGCCGGGAAGUGGCUGGUUAUGAACAGAGAAGGAACAUAUGGCUAUGUAGAAUCAAAGAACAUCGACAUUGAAGAAACCGCGAUUAAAAAGGCAAUGAUUGAGUACAUAAUUCGGAUUCGACCUCAAGACUACUACCAGUACCGAGAAACUGCGAUGAAAGUAGUAGAUACCCCCAUUGCUAUGGAGGGGGAAUUUGGGCAGGAAGAAAUGUAUGAAGAUUUGGAUGAGUUUCAAGCGGAAUCGGAAGAAAUUUAUGAAGAGUGUUCAUGAUGUCCCCCUUUGACAAGAUACCACAGAGGAGGACACAGUCUAUUGUGAAUAUGUAACAACAUUGACUCAAGGGAGAUCACUCUUGCCUCAAGGGAGAUAACAAUUUGUAUCACUGUCAACAGUGCUAUUUUUGUACAGCAUAUAUGCUGACCAAAUAUUCAUGGAAAAUAUAAGCAAGAGUUUAGAUUCAUUGUCAUUUUGUCCACAAUCAAAAGAUACACAAAUGUCAAUCAUUUCUAAUUGUGAUUGUAAAUGUAAAUUUUCACUACUGUUACUUUGAAAUUGGCCAGUGUGUAGAGCUGGUCCUUGCUCCUCAUAACCAGCUGAUGAUCCACUGUGAUUAGCUGGUAGCCUUGUCUUCGGAGAUGUCGAGAUUGCUGCUGUCUGUAACACUACAAUAUUUUAGGCAUUAUAGUCACAUUAUGGUUAGGUUAAUUUGCAUGGCAAUAAGUGUUACAUUUGAAAUGUCACUUGGAAACCAUUCCAUUUUUUGUUUUACAUUUUUAAGUUUAUUUAAUUUUCUUAGUUCAUGUUGUGAGUGAAUGGAUCAAAUACCUGUAUUGUGCAAUCAAUCAACAACAAUAUUCCAGAUAGGCUUUCAUGUGAUGCAGGAUCUCCAUUUAUAAGAAAUGCAAGGAUGUAACCAUAGAAUUUUGUAUUAAGGAUGAAUUGAUAUACCGUAUUCGACCCAAUAAGCGCCCAGGGCGCUUAAAAUAAAGACAGAAGGGGUGGGCGCUUAUUGGGACCAAUUCAGAGUCAAAUUGGCGUAAAUUCAUCAGUAAGCCUAUUGAUAUUCUUCUGUUGCUGGGGGGCUAGAGAUUAACUGUUACUUACGUUUUACUGGUGAACAUCUCCUCAUUAACCAACUACAAAAGAUUCUUGACUGUAUGUAAAAAACAGGUGAGUAAAUCUCAUCCGGGAAAAGGGGGGGGGGGGGGCUUAUUGGGACAUGGGCGCUUAUUGGGUCAAAUACGGUAACACAAUUACCCCUAAGUUUUGAUUAUUAUUCUUAAAACUAUUUAUUUCUAGUUCUGCUUAGUUUUCUUGUCUGCACUGCAUCUAGUUUAUGUAUAAGCAUCCAUUGACAUAGAACUUCAUUGUUUUGGUUACAAUCUUUGGUCUGUUUCAAACGGCACUGACUACAAAUGUAAAUAUAUAUGUGUACAUAUCUGAGAGCAUGUAAAACAAAGUCGUACCAUCCAUGGCGUGUUGAUGUCGAUACAGUUCAUAAUAUGUUGCAAGCAGUAGUGAGACAGGUGCCGACCAUCUUGUCCGCCAACAUGCGGGGAGGUUUUCUUUCUGUAAAUAAUCGGCCAAAGAAAUGAUUUGCUCUCUUUUUAUGAUUUCUCGAUUUUUUUCAUGCUUUUGGAUGCCAACACAACCAAACCGCGAAGUCCACAGGGAUGAUUAAGUGGUUGGUCUUAUGGUUCUGAUAUACUGUAAAUCUUGUAAUUAAUGCGUCUCCAAAAGAAUGCGACCACUGGACCCUAGCCAAAAAUGCAACUCAAGAUGAAUGCGACACCCCCUCCUCUCAAGCAUCACUGGAUUUCUAUCUAAAGAUGUCCUCAGUCGGGUUUAGAAUCCUCACCUUAAUCCAACCUUACAUUAAUCCAAUCACACAACAAAUAGCAACGCUUUUUAGCGCUGAGUAAAGUACUUCCGCAAAAACAAUGCAUGGGCACUGGCUCGUGUCGGCCUUUGACGCAGUCACAAACAACUAAGGGUGGUGUCUGUCUGGACUUGCAGGUGUGAUCAGUGAUGACAUAAGUGAGUAGAACACUUGUCUUGACCCUAGCAGUGACAAUUCACAGGAUGUGAUUAGUGUUUGAAUGACAUUGUUUAUAUACUUUAUAUACAAGUGCUGCUCAAUAAACAGUGGUGUGGAAUACAUCAGCGUAUGUCUAAGUUGGUAUUUUUGGUAUCCAAAAUGUCUUAUUGUUGAUAUAAAUGCAAUGUUUAAAAAUGCGAGCAAAGACCACUCGCAUUUUUCGCAUUUAAUUCACGCUCGCGUUAAUUUCAAGAUUUACAGUAGUCGUUUGGUGCCAUAUUUCUAGAAGAUGGUAUCUGUGUACCAGCUUCAUUUAUAGUAAUAUAUAUAUAUAUAUAUGAUAGCCUCUAUAUCAAUCUCAUUAAAAUCAGAUCUUAGUUUUCGCUACUGCUAACCAAAGAUCUGAGGACAUCCCAUUACCAGUCACGUCAGAACGACCUUUCGCGAAUUUUGAUCGACCAAUGAAAUGACUGACAAGAAACCGACAUUGGCCAAUCAGAAGUCAGAUCUGAUUUAAAUGAGAUUGGUCUCUAUAUGUAUGCAAGAGUUUGAGCAACUGUUUAUGUUGUAGUAUGGAUGUUUGGAACAGAUGUACAUAAUUACCAUAGAUAUUCGGAUGAUUUGUGAACUCAGACAAGGCAUUUAUGGCAAUUUUUUCUUGGUUAAUUUUGAAACACAUUUCCAAAACUUUUAGCAAUACUUCUUCCAUGAAGAAACAUUUGACUAUAAGGAAAUAGAGCAUGGAGAUUCAAAGUAAAAUUAAAUGAUACCGGUGUUUGUAGUUUUUGAAAAUAUUACAGGUGAUUAAUUUUUUUUGUUUGUUAAGGAUCCACCGACAUAAAGAAAAUAGCAAAAUAAAAUUUAAAUGACGUUCUUGAUAUAUUUUUUUAUAUACUGCUGAUGGUAUAAGAAAAGAAAUAUGUUAAAAAUAUGUUAACAUGAAAUAUCACUCAAUUUAGUUUUUGUUGAAAAGAGGAUUUAUUGCGAAAUAUGAAAUACAUGGUGAAGUGUUUACCAUUUAAGUUUGAAGCGAUGUAGACCUAUAAGAGUUACGGCCCUUUGAUAUUUGCCAUCUGGAUGUGGAGCCGGAAACUUGCAAAAUUCAUGUGCCUUGUGAGUGCAGUCGAGGGAUAUUAAUUCAGGAAAUACAUGUUCAUUUAGAGACAGUUUUUGUUUUUUGGCCAUGGAAAUUUUAAGAACAAAACAAACACCUGUAAACUGACUAAAAAUAUGAAUCACCUUAUAGAAGCAAUAUUUUGGUUUAGUAGUGAGAUUCACAUUUCUGUGCUUAUGCCUUGGGAUCAAUAUACUCACUUCAAUAAUAUGCAAUACCAAGCACGUUUUUGUUUUAAUUACCCACCUAACUUGCUUAUGGGCUAACGUUACAUUUAUUGUGUGUUCUUUUUGUGUAAUUAGCAUAAUGAUUAAUCAAUUCAUUAAUCAAGAGAAUGUCUGCUUUUUCCUGAUUCAUGAAGGAGGAACUUAUUCCUGAAUUAACAAAUGUAAAACUACUUACUGUAUAUAUCUAGCUUUAUUUCCUAGCUUUAAUUGUUAGAUUACCAAAGUCUCGUGUGUAUUACUUCCAAGGGACUGGCUUUGCUGUCUGCUCUUCUUUCCAACCCAGUCUUGGUUUGUUCCACAUAGUGAUAUUAGUAGUUCUGAGGUGAUCGUAGCUCCUAUACCUUAACAUCGACUUACUGUUGUCGUAACGCUACAAUGAUGGUGUAAUUAGUGCUGUGUGUCAUUAUCUCUGUGUAAGGAAAUGAUGUGUAACUGUUUGGUUGACGUACAUGACGUUUAGGUUGCUUAAGACGGCAGUGUUUAAGACAUGACUCAAACGUGUUAGGAAUACCAACUCGAUGUCUCAUUAAUGAUAUAUUGGCUUCUGAAACAUGCAUUGCAAUGUGAAUAAAUCAAUUCAAAUCUUUUUCACAGAAACAAGGAAUAUGGUCAGUUGUGAUCAGAGUUACUGCCCUUCAUUUUCCUUCUUUUUUUUUUAUAAUUUGAACCAAUAAAUUAUUUUUUUCCUUUAUUAAGUCACAGAAAACACAAGUCAGAGUUAGAUUGACAAAAAAAAUUCACGAUGUUGCCUUUGAGGUCCGGGUAGUCCAGUUGGUAUCUGGGCCCUACUCGGGACCCAGCCACCGAGUACCCGAGUUACCCAUCCCAGCCCUAGAGGAAGCAGUUAUGGUCUGAGAGUGUGGAGUCCUACACAAGACCUGCUAGUUGAUGAUAUGUAAGGGCAGGAAAUCAAUGCAAGACCUUUCUGAACGUUUUGUGUCCGAUGUAAAUUCAAGCUAUUUGCAGUGUGUGGAUACCCAUCUUCAUCAUGUCCAAAAAAUUCACGAUGUUGCCUUUGAACUGAGUUCUCCAUCUUUACCAAAAUCUGGUCAACCAGAAUCUAGACUUUCUUUGCACUAGGGUCCUUCACUCGUUAAAUCUCUACAUUUGGCAACCUAUGUGAACUGUCACCUUAAUCCAGGAGUACUGUUGGGUGUGUCUCUUCACAAGGUUGGUCACAUGUGGCCCAGUCGUCUAAGGUGCCGCAAUUCGCUGUGCAGAGUUGCGUCCCUUGGGCACGCCAGACACCUAUGAUUGUGGGUUCGAAUCCCCGUUCUCCCUGAUUAUGUUUCUAGGUUUGUCAGCACCAUACCCGUGCUCGUUGGUUUCACCGAAGUAGAAAACAUCUAAGACCUGCCUGCAUCACAUCAGGCUUUCUUCCCACAUUGAGCUGACACACUGUGAUAUAACUGGAAUACUGUUAAGAGCGGUGUUAAACCCAAAUCACUUAUUCACUCUUCACAAGGAACACAUUACCUCACAAAAGAUUCAUGAAUUUCAAUUUGCUUGGGCUGAACUUUUUAAAUAGUUUUCAAUAUUAAUUCAUGUCAUUUUUUAGCAAGUUAUGGAUUAAUGUAUUUUUGAACCACUAAAAAACUUUAAUUCUUACUUAGGAAUUAUAUGGAGGAAUGAACAUGAUAUAAUUGAUUUUAAUAUGCUAACUUUUGAUUGCAAGUGCUCAUUUUUUGUUUAUCAAUUAUUAUUUGCUCAAUUAAAUCAUUUGUUGUUAUGCUAAUGAUUACCUUCAGGAUCAGAGGAAGUAGGGCUGGGAUGAGUCCAAAUUUACAACCUGGGUACCCGACCCCUGAUUACCCAACCCUUCCCGGGUAUGCACUGUAGGUCUUAAGCUUUACCAGAGUCCAAAUUUACAACCCGGGUACCCAACCCCCGAUUACCCAACCCUAUCCGGGUACGCGCUGUAGGUCUUAAGCUUUACCGGAGUCCAAAUUUACUACCCCGGUACCCGACCCCCUAUACCCAACCCUAUCCGGUUACGCGCUGUAGGUCUUAAGUUUUACCAGAGUCCAAAUUUACUACCUGGGUACCCGACCCCCGAUUACCCAACCCAAUAUUGGUACGUGCUGUAGGUCUUAAGUUUUACCGGAGUUCUGGCAAAAUUAAAGCUGCUCAGAUACAUGCACAAAAGUUGACAGAAGCUGUAUCUACUCAAACAAAUAAAAGUCAGAAGGAAUGCAUCCACAGUCAUCAAGAAAUAUGAAUAUUUAGCAACUGACCUGUGAAGAUCUGGAGUAGAGUAGGUCUUCAGCAACCAGUGCCUGCCGUAAAAGGCAAUAUGCUUGCCGUAAGAGGGGACUAACGGGAUCGGGAGGUCAGGCUCGCUGACUUGGUUGAUGCAUGUCAUCAUAUCCCAAUUGUGUGGAUCGAUGUUCACGAUGUCAAUGACUGGAUUGUCUGGUCCAGGCUUGAUUAUUUACAUACUGCCGUCAUAUAGCUGGAACAUUGCUGAGUGCGGCAACAAACAAACAAAUAAACAAAUUUAGCAACUCAUGUAUCCAUGGAGUUAUACUGCAUCAUCAUUAAACAAUAUAUCACGUGACUGACCACAGUUCCGGGCAGUCCAGUGGGUAUCUGGGCCCUACUCAGGACUCACCCACCGUGUACCCGAGUUACCCAUCCCAGCCCUAGAGGAAGCUGUUAUGGUCUGAGAGUGUGGAGUCCUACACAAGACCUGCUGGUAUGAUGAUAUGUAAGGGCAGGAAAUCAAUGCCAGACCUUUCUGAACGUUUUGUGUCCAAUGUAAAUUCAAGUUAUUUGCAGUGUAUGGACACCCAUCUCAAUCAUGUC